UGGGGUGACAAAGAAGAGAGGAGAAAGUAACAGCUGGUCAUUGUGAGCCAGAUGGCCAUUAGCCUUCAAGCGUACUAUACAUUCUGUCAAGCUGUUUCUCCAUUUUAAGCCAGCUGAAAAAAUUGGAGUGAGAACAGGAGAGACAUUCAGGCAGGAUCCCAUGGCACAUUCCACAUCUCAAUACUCUACUCUCUCACAGAGGUCCCAUGACAAAUGAUGUCAUUAUUCUAAAGGAGUACUAACAGACCCCAGAUUUCUGACCACAUCGUCUGGAAAAAGAGAGAAGAAGUAACAGGAAGUAACCAAACAAUGAGUGGCUGUUGUGUUUUUCCUGUGAUCAUCAUGAUCGCCUUCAUGUCUGGUUCUGUGGAGAGUGAGCUAAGACUGUCCAGACAAGGACUGAGUGACAACAAACUCACAGAAGGCCUCCAUGGAUUCAGAGUCAAACGUGGCUGGAUUUGGAACCAACUGUCAGUUGAGGAAGAAGAUCCAACUCCAAAAAUAAUCGGUCAGCUGAAAUCAACCUACGACACAGGAGAGUUUGCCAUCAGGUAUAUCCUGUCUGGAGAGGGAGCAGGAGAGAUCUUUAAGAUUGACGAGUUCAGUGGUGAAAUCCAUAUUCAUAAGAGCCUGGACAGGGAAAAGAAGGCAUUCUAUAUGCUCCAUGCCGAAGCUAUUGACCGCAGAACUGGCCACCCAGUGGAGCCUGAGUCAGAGUUCAUCAUCAAAGUCCAGGAUAUCAAUGACAAUGCUCCACAGUUCAUAAAUGAACCCUACACAUCCAGUAUCCCUGAGAUGAGUCCAAUGGGGACUACAGUGGUUCAAGUGACAGCCAUAGAUGCAGAUGACCCCAUGUUUGGAAAUAAUGCCAAACUCAUCUAUUCCAUUCUGCAAGGAGAGCCCUACUUCUCAGUGGAGCCAAAGACAGGCAUAAUAGUGACCUCUUGGCCAAACAUUGACAGAGAAGCAAGUGAGAAGUACCUUGUUGUAAUUCAGGUGAAAGACAUGCUCGGAAGUACUGGAGGCUACAGUGCUACAGCAACAGUGACCAUCACCCUUACUGAUGUGAAUGACAAUGGGCCCACCUUUCAACAUAAUCUGUACACAUUUGCCAUAGUGGAAUCAGCACCGGUUGGCACAACAGUUGGUAGUGUCAUGGCAGAGGAUGCUGAUGUUGGAGUGAAUGCCAGGAUGAACUACACUCUAGAUGACCUGGAGGAAAGUGCCACUUUCAGGGUCCAGACAGACCCUGCCACACAGGAGGGUAUAGUAAUACUGGCCAGACCUUUAGAUUAUGAGAGCAAGAGGCGCUUUGUGAUUGCCAUAGAGGCCAUCAAUUCUUUUGUGGACACACGUUUCCUAAGCAUCAAUGAAUUUCGGGACAGGACAAUGCUCAAAAUUCUGGUGAUGGAUGUGGAUGAGCCACCUGUCUUUUCUGCACCUUUCUAUGAGUGGAAAAUUCUAGAGAAUGCACUUGUUGGUACAUUGGUUGGCACAGUAUAUGCCAGAGAUCCAGAUGCUGCCAAUAACUCUAUCAGGUUUUUCAUAUCCAAUAACAUUGAGUUGAAGAAUAUCUUCAGGAUUGACGCCAACAAUGGAACAGUGUCCCUGGUCAAACCUUUGGACCGAGAGACUGCAGCAUGGCAAAAUCUUACUGUCAUUGCUAAAGAAAUGAGUAAAAGUCAGCUUUCCUCAGUUUCUGUGGUCAUUAAAGUCCUAGACGCCAAUGACAACAUACCCACUCUAUAUAGGGACUACCAGCCCUAUGUGUGUGAGGGCACACAGGCAGGGGAAGUCAUCCAGGUUAUAAGUGCUGUGGAUGCAGAUGAUCCAGCAGAAGGUCAUCAUUUUUAUUUUUCCAUGGUGCCAGAUAAAAACAUUAACCCCAACUUCACCAUCAGGGACAACCAAGACAACACAGCAGGCAUUUUGACCCGUCGUAGCACAUUUACACGUAGUGAUCGGAUACUGUAUCAUCUCCCCGUGGUCAUAACAGACAGUGGCUCUCCUGCUCUAUCCAGCACUACCACUUUCACCAUCAGUGUAUGUGUAUGCCAGUCUAGAGGGCACUGCCCAUCUAGUGGAAUGGAAGCUUUGGCUCUCAGCAUGCAGGCCCUCCUAGGCCUCUCUAUAUGCCUCAUCACAGUAAUAGUGCUUGCUUUACUAAUGGUAGCUGUGUGGAGACACAGGACAGUACAACAGCAGAAACUUGCCAUCCAGGAACUUGACACAGAGGAGUACUCACAGAAAAUCGUACAUUACAGUGAGAGUGAAGGUAUUCCGGAUGCAGCAAGCUCUAGCCAUUUAGUCCCACUGAGGCCACACCCACACCGCCGCAAGCACACAUUCUGUAGAGAGGAAGUGGUAGCAAGUGUACGCCUGUCUCUAUGCCACUCUCACCUUAUUGGUCCAGAGGAUGAAGUCUUCCGCCAGUUUAUGAUAGACCGACUGGCUGCGGCUGACCAGGACCCUUGUGUCCCUCCCUUCGACUGCUUGCACACUUAUGCUUUUGAGGGUACUGGGUCACUUGCAGGCUCCCUUAGCUCACUGGAAUCCUCAAACUUUGACCCUUAUUUCAAUCGACCCCAUGACCCUGGCCCAGGGUUUUUAAGACUAUCUCGCUGGCAAGGUGAUAAUGAUUAUGAGACUUCAUUCUGAACUGAGGAGAAGUUAAGCUAAACUCUAUAGGCAGUGACAGAAAUCCAGUGAGCCCAUCACCAUAGUGAAAUCUUUGACUUUUGAUCCCUUUUUGAUCACUUUUUGUAUGAAGCUAGAGAUGAGAUUUAAUGCUUGACCAAAGAUACAUUAUGUGUUUGAAAUAAAUUCAUACUCUAGAAACACAUCACAGGCUUUGUUAACUCUCUGUGAUCAUUGACUCUUGUGUUGAGCCUUUCCUGGAACUGAAAAGAAUUGGAAGUGUAUAGAAAGAAAGAAAUACUGACUUUAGAAGCAUAUCUUUAUUCAGUGUUUUUAAUAUAUUUGAAUAUAUUCAGGCUGAAGAAGAUUUAGGUGAGAUCUAUACAGAUACUGAGGAAAAGCAUUUUGACCUUUUGUUAGGACUGUUUUUGUUUCUGAGUCAGAUAUGUUUGAUAUAAAAUGUACUGUAUAGUAGGUGAAUUAUUUUUUUUGUUACAGAACCAUAUUUUUAUUAUCAACUUAGUUAAAUGGAAUACAUAAUUCAGUUUUUUACAAAUGCAAAACUAACAAUAUUGUAAAACUAUUGUACUGAAAGUGUACAAUUCAGUUGAGAAUUAACAAAUGUCCUUGAUUCUGGUUAUUGUGUAAAAUACAAUAGCAGUAAGUAUGAUAGGCUCUGAUGCAGACAGACUUUGAUGCAGCUUUGGGACUCACUUUAUCUUUAUUUUUCUCUUUUUUUUAUCAACUAAGUGCUUGUCAGAGCAAAUCUUCAAAACCAAGAGAAAUAAAAUUCAGUCCAAACAGUUUA